UGUACAUGGUGUUUCAGUCAUAUCUUUACCCUUGCCUAAAAUAAACGUCAACUUGCAUCGAUCGUAGAUUUUCAAAAUGGCGGAUAUAAAACUAAACCAAACGAUAAAAGCUGCUAUGAUUUUAAAAAUAAUUUGCGGGUUUUUCUGCAAAAUUAGUUCUAAUAAAAUAGUGAUAACUUUAGCGAAAGUUUAUUGUUUGUUUUUUGGUCUAAUGUGCAUGUCCAUGCUUAGAAUUCUAGCUAACCAUGCAAGAAGUUUCAGCGCUUUGUUACAAGUAUUUCUGGGAGUAUACGUGUACCUGAUAUAUUUUCUUUUAAAUUUCUAUUUUGAAGGUGAAAAUUUUAUGGGAUUCCUACACGAGCUUCGAAAAGUAGUCACUUCUCAGCACAUGAAGUCAAGCGAGGGAGUCCAAAUUUCCAUACGCUUGUUCACUAUUUCACUUUCAGCAAACAUUUUACUACGAUUGAAGAUCACGUUGGACCACAGUCAAUAUACAGUUUCCUCGAUCUAUUCUUUCUUAGUUUUUCAAUCGACAGUCAACUUGUUGGAAUUUUCGCCAAUUUUGACAAGGCUUAUGAUGUUUGAAUUGCUAUGGCGCAGAAUGGCAAUGGUCCGCAGAAAUCUUGAACGGGAGCUAUCAACGCAUCAGGGCUAUGACAAUAGUGACUGCAUUCUGAAGGAAAAAUUGAGGAGAUGUCUAAAUGCUUACAAAUGUUUGUUGGAAGUGACACGUGUAAAUGAAACGCCUAUGAAAAUUGCGAUAUUUACAUCUGUUACAGCACUCGUUUUCUACAUUUUGACUACUACCCAUCUGUAUAUUUCUGCUAGCGGAGAAUUAGCAAACCUAGCACUGGCUGGUGAAUUGAUAAAUCACUUCAUUAUAUUAUUGUCACCAGCAUUGCUCUCUGAGAUGGUGAUCCGUGAAACUGAUAAAAUGAAACUAUGCAUCGUAAAACGGUUACUCGUCUGUGAAGAUGAAAGAACGCUUAUCGCAAUACAAGACGCGAUGACGUACUUGGAGCAGAACCCGUUCAAGUACACAAUAUGGCGCGUGUUCGCGGUAGACAUGAGUCUGAUACUGAACAUGAUCGCGCUCCUCACCACAUACACUGUCGCUAUGGUGCAGUUCAUGCAUAUUUGCGAUUGAAUUGAAAAACUGCAACUUUUUAACCGACUUCCCAAGAAGGAGCCGUCUGUAAUUUACCUUUUCAUCAACGUUUGUUUCGGCAUUAAUAUCAGCUUUAUAUUCAACUAAAGUAGAGCAAGCAGAAACUAUAGACAAGUUGUACAAGUACCUAGUAUUUAAGACUUUACAAUGUGUUUUGUGUAAUUGGUAUGUUAUCACGUAUAUAAAUUAUUUUUGGAAACAAAACCUUCAUCAUAGUAAGCCACGUCGGUGUUU